GUCUUUGCUUUCAAAAAGUAAAUACCCAACAACAACAGUCCGCUAUUUUCUCCAUCCAUUUUAGAUACGGGAAUUUUUUUAGCUGACGCAACAAGAAUUCAGAAAUAUAUCUAAUAAUCUAUUGAUUUCAAUAAUAUUUUAGUGUUUAACUAGUGCAUUGAAAUAAGCAAAUCAUCUAAAUACGAUUGACGCACCAUGGCCGAAGUACCGUAUCAAACCAUGGAGAAUGCAUCUCAAGUGCCGAAAACGACCCAAUUGGACCCGGAGAGCCAGGUGGAAAUUCGUGGAAUGUCGUUCUCUGAGGAAUCCAUCCGCAAAGCUUUCAUUCGGAAAGUGUAUCUCAUUCUAACGGUGCAAUUGGCUAUCACUAUGGCGUUUAUUUCGUUGUUUAUGUACCAUGCACCGGCUAGGAUUUGGACUAUGCAGAACCCAUGGGUCGGAACAAUUGCCUUCGUGACCAUGUUCGCGGUUCUUAUCAUAAUGGCUUGUUGUGGAGAAAUGAGACGAAAGACUCCUCAUAAUUUCAUAUUUUUGGCCAUGUUCACCGCGGCCCAAGGACUGAUGCUUGGAAUCGUGGCUACUGCAUACGAUUCCAAUGAGGUUCUCAUGGCAGUUGGCAUUACAUGUGCUAUUUGUGUUGGAUUGACCCUAUUCUCGUUCCAGACCAAAUGGGAUUUCACCGUAAUGGGGGGCUUCCUUUUCGUGGGUUUGUUGGUUGUUUUCAUUUUUGGAAUUAUUGUGGCAUUUUUCCCUGGAAGUGCCGCUAGCUCGGUUUACUCGGCAUGUGGAGCACUACUGUUCUCGUUGUAUCUAAUUUACGAUACGCAGCUAAUGAUUGGAGGCAAUCAUAAAUAUUCGAUAAGCCCUGAAGAGUACAUCUUUGCUGCACUUAAUCUCUAUCUGGAUAUUAUUAAUAUUUUCCUGUUUAUUUUGAGAAGAUAAAUUGAUAUCUCAUUAGUAUGCCUGAAUACAUUACAGUAGUCAUUUGCUAAGUUCACGUCUCUGCUAUGGAACACCAUACGAUUGGUAACCAUACAAAUUAUGUACCAAGCGUUAAAACAACCUUGAAUAUUUCUCGCAUAACUUGUGAUCUCGCCCUAAAAGCCAUUGGUAACCGAUUGUGUAGCUCCUUGUUUCUAAGCAAGUGAAUGGCUAGGAUGAAAACUAUCACCACUGGGAGAUAGAGGAGGACGUUCUCUUCAUCGUAGCAUUGUUGAAUAACGUGUAAAUCCAUUUGUUUGGUCGGUAACAACAAGCUACACACUCGGUUACCAAUGGCUUUUAGGGCGAGAUCACAGGUUAUGUGAGAUUUUUCCUGGGUUCCUAUAUAGUUCAACACAAAAAUCUUUUUCAAAUGCAUUCCAAUUACAAAAUUUUAAAUUCAGUGAAAGGAUAUUAUAAUGUCGAAAAACAUGUUCUUUAAUUAGAACUGUAUUUCUGACAGUCGGCAUGAGUCAGUUGAAUGUUAAAUUUUCAAGGUUAGUUUAAAGUAAGAAAAGUGCAAUUACUACCACACUACGUGACAUCAGAAUGUUUUUAAGGGCACAUAAAUAUUUUAGAUGAUACAAAUAAGUGGUCAAUCUCAAUUUUAAACACAGAAUUCUGUGAUUCUAUUGAACUUUUAAAUUUCUCUCUUUAUUUGGGCCGCAAAACGAGCGAAUGAUUGUUUCAAUACACUAGUCCCAAGUAGAGGCAUCCAAAGUUUGAAAAACGUCUUUUCAAUCGCAUCUUUGCACACGUUACACAUAGUUUUGGUUACAUAUUUGAAAAAUAAAAUUGAUGGUCCAUAGAACAGAAUAGUGGAGACAACACUGGACAUGAGCAUGUGACUAUCAACUCUAACUAAUAUUAAGUGAUAUUUAUCUACUGUAAAAUUAUACUUUCACAAGCAUCGUGAAUUGGCCUGAGAUUUUUGGUAUCGAGUAUGGUAUCAUUUAGUUUCCAUUUUAAAUCACAACGAGAAAAUUAUUGAAAAUUUACGGCGUCAUUAAAGUUUGCAAAAAAUGUGUUUUACGCCAAAAUAGGAACAAGUCAUAGAAGCAGUUCAUCUAAGAAAAUCGGACAAUAUAAAAUCAGAGCAUCGAUGUCUUCAAUGUAUUCACAAAUUGGAAUCUUUAGAGCAGUAGAAAAACAAGAUACGGAGAAAA